GUUAAUUUUAUGAAGCGCAGCAAAAUGGCCGACGUUCCAAGCAAUGCUCCACAAAGUUGUCCUGGCACCAGUAGUAAAGAUGCUGGUAAAGCAUCUGCCUGUGGAGGAUGUCCAAAUCAGUCGAUCUGCAGUAUUGCUGCACCAGGUCCAGAUCCGGCAAUCCUGCAGAUAAAGGAGAAGCUAUCGACUGUGAAACACAAGAUUAUUGUGUUGUCAGGAAAGGGCGGAGUCGGGAAGAGUACGUUCACUGCUCACUUGGCGCAUGGUCUGGCCGCAGAUCCCAACAAACAGGUGGCUGUUCUGGACAUUGAUAUCUGUGGACCUUCCAUCCCCAGAAUCAUGGGUUUAGAGGGAGAACAGGUUCACCAAAGUGGUUCGGGCUGGUCCCCUGUGUAUGUAAAAGACAACUUAUGUGUGAUGUCGAUUGGGUUUCUUCUCGGUAGUCUGGAUGACGCUGUCAUAUGGCGAGGACCGAAGAAGAAUGGUAUGAUCAAGCAGUUUCUGCGAGAUGUUGACUGGGGCCAGGUGGAUUAUCUGGUGGUGGACACGCCCCCCGGCACGUCUGACGAGCACCUGUCAGUCGUACAGUAUCUUAGUGAGACCAACGUGGAUGGGGCCAUCAUGAUCACCACACCUCAGGAAGUGUCUCUGCAGGAUGUGAGGAAGGAGAUCACAUUCUGUCAGAAAGUGAAGCUGCCUCUACUCGGAGUGGUGGAGAACAUGAGUGGAUUCGUCUGUCCAAAGUGUACAAAACAAUCUGAGAUCUUUCCUCCGACCACCGGCGGUGCAGUCAAGAUGACAGAAUCACUCAACAUACCUUUUCUGGGGAAGCUUCCUCUCGACCCAAGAAUAGGUCAGUGUUGUGACGAAGGGAAGUCCUUCCUGGAAGAGAUCCCAGACUCUCCCGCUUCUAAAGCCUUCACGGAGAUCAUACACAAAAUCACCGAGACUUGUAACAAGCUAAGCAAAGGGAAGGAAUCCGAAACAGGUGAACAAAUGGAUACAAGCUGAAAGGAGUUGUCUUCCAUGUAUUACAAUAUUAACUGCACAUUCAGCCAGUCAAAAUAAAAGACGAAACUUGUUUACCGUACAGUAUCAAAUAGUGCACAAUAAAUUAAUGUGUAAAUAAAGCCACUUUGAUAAAUGUCAAGACUUCAUGCUACAUAACAUUCAUUUCAUAGAACAUUUAAUAAAGUAGUUAUAAAAGAAA